GAGGGCACCAGCACAGCACAACAGACCCCAAGGGCAUCAUGGCAGGAAAAAGUCAGAGGGCAAGUUCAGGAAUAUUGUCUGGUCUGGGAGCUCAGGAUGGUGUGAGGAAAGGGCAGGGCAGAGCUGAUGGCAGGGCUGGAAAAUGCUGGCAGAAUCCCUGGCCAGCCUGAGCAGGAGGAGUACCAAGGGGCAAGGCAGAAUGUGAGGAAAGCCAGCAUUCCUGCUGUCUCUUGUAGCAUGUUUUGAUAUUAUUAACCUUUUUAUCUCUUUCUUCACUUGCAGAUUGUGUCCCUGAUGCUUUUUCAGCACGUGGAAUCUUAGGGGUUUUAUAUGGAUUUUCUGCUCCGAGAACCCAUUUUUUCUGAACGUGAACCUGUGACUGGAAGCGCCCGAUUUCUGUUUAUUACCUUAAAUAAUAACGUAAUAAACCUCUCCCUCUUGACCUGGGUUUGUCUGCCUUUCCAGUCACACUCCAGGUCGGUGCCUGAGGACUCUGCCUGUCUCUGUACCCGCUGCAGGAGCAGGCAGACCCGUUUGGCAAGUGUGACCCUGCCUGUCAGCUGUGUGUUGGACAUCCCUGGGGAGACAGCUGAGAAGACCUUGGGAAGAAAAGAACUGAAGCUGGGCGGGUCUGGGGCAGAAAAAUCAGUGAAGGAGGAACUUAGUCAUGAGAAUUACAACCACACCAAGGUAAUCAUCAGCUUCAUUAGGAGUGGCCUCAAACAAACUGGGAACCAGCAGCAGGAAAAGACUACUGCGGGGCAAGAGAAGUGGUGCAAUCCAGAAAGCAGAGGUUGGAGACCUCCUUGCUUGUAGCUGAACAUGGCAGGGGAUGUGAAGAGGUUCACACGAAUGCUCCUGGAAUGCAGCAGCAAUGACAAGCUGUGUGUUGUGCGGGAAUAUCAACCUGAAGUGAUCGUUGUCCCAGUUCUCCUUGUGGGGUCUUUUGUCAUCGUGCUCACCGUGAUCCUUUGGCUCCACUGUCGAGGCUUGAGAGCAAAGCAGGAGCAACUCCCCCCACCAUCUGGACCCCAAGUGAAGAAAAAGAACCAGCAGGAAUCCUGCUCAACAGAGAAUGGCUGCAUCCAGCUGAGUGAGACAUCCGUGGAGAGCCUGCUAAAAUCUGCAUCCCCGACUCUGAAGGAACUGCAGAUACCACGAGAGAAACUCCUGCCAGGCACCUUCCAGCUGAUAAAACAUGGUGGCCGUGGGAGCAUCUACAGAGCACAGCUGGAAACUGGGAGCUCUGGGAAGACUAGGACUGUGGUGCUGAAAGCCUCACAAGGCCUGGCCAGUCUCCAGGAAGUAAAGGAUUUCCUGGGAAGGAUUAAAUUCCAUCAAGAUCUUGGCCAUCACGAGAACCUUGUUGAACUGGUUGGAUGUUGUGUAGACAAACUCCCACUUUAUAUGAUCAUGGAAGAUGUAUCUCUUGGUGACCUGCUGACGUUUCUGUGGACAUGUCGGAAGGAUGUAAUGGCAAUGGAUGGGAUCCCCUAUGACCUCACUGAGAGGCAAGUUUAUGAAGUUGGACAGCAGGUUGCAGCAGCCCUGGCUUACCUUGAAGAGAAGAAGCUGUUCCAUGGUGAUAUUGCUGCCAGGAACGUUCUCCUCCAUCCCAACUUCUCUGCCAAGCUCUGUGGUUUGGGUCUGGCCUAUGAAACCCACGCUCAUGGUGCCACCUUGGUCACACAGGGUGUGCCAGUCAAGUGGCAGGCCCCAGAGAGGCUCCUCAGGAAGCCCCCCAGCAUCAAGGCAGAUGUAUGGUCUUUUGGAAUUCUACUGUAUGAAAUGAUUACAUUAGGUGCUCCGCCAUAUCCUGAGGUGCCACCUCCUGACAUUUUAUCACACCUGCAGAGACAGAACAUCAUGAAGCAGCCCUCACUCUGCCAGCAAGCCAUGUACAGCAUCAUGAAGUCCUGCUGGCAGUGGGAUGCAGCUAACAGGCCUUCUCCAGCACAGCUCCUCUGGUCCCUGAAAACAGCUCUGAAGAGCAGCAAUGGCCACACAGUUCUGCAGGUGCCUGAGCCAGUGGUGCCUGAACUCUAUGCUGAUGUUGCUGGUGUUGAUGUGCACAGUGUAGUGAGGGAAUACACCAUCCUCUGAAGGGCCCUUCCACGUGCUGCUGAAGGAGAAGUCACUUGAGUUUUCCCUUCCUAAAUAUUUUGCAAGCUCAGCAUGAGGUGCGUGUGUGUUGGAAGGGAUCCCUUUGUUUUUCAGACGUGUUUAUAUAUCUCAAAUUUCUCCUCCAGGCCAGGCACAACAAGCUAUUAGCACUGUUAUUAAAUCAACGUGUUGAUA